UCUUGUUUUGGUUUCCUUCAUGUUAGUGAGUAAGGGAACCCGGCUUGCUAUGGAGGGUGCAGUGAUUUUCACCAACUGCUUUCAAUACUCGGAAAUGGAUUAUGAAGCAUUUGGGAGCAUCCUGGAACUCAGAAAGGAAAAGUCACGGGAUGCUGCCAGGUCAAGGCGAGGAAAGGAAAACUAUGAAUUUUACGAACUGGCCAAAUUACUUCCACUUCCUGCGGCCAUCACCAGUCAACUGGACAAAGCUUCCAUCAUCAGACUGUCCAUCAGCUACCUUAAACUGCGUGAAUUCUCAGGGCUUGGAGACCCACCAUGGAACAGGGAUCAUUUCUCUGCUAAUAAAUCCCUAAAAGGGUCUGGACGUAGAAGAAAUGUAUCCAACAUAGCAAUGGACAUUUUUGAUAGUCAUCAAGGAACCCAUAUACUUCAGUCAGUAGAUGGCUUUGCAUUCAUCUUGGCCAAUGAUGGAAGAUUUCUCUAUGUAUCCGAGACUGUGUCAAUUUACCUCGGGCUUUCACAGGUUGAGAUGACAGGAAGUAGCAUUUUUGACUAUGUCCAUGUACAAGAUCACCAAGAAUUACUAGAGCAGCUGGGCCUGGCUACUCCAAACUCAGGGACCAUACCUGAUGUACCAUCUCCAAGCUCACAGUCAGAUACUGGCUCAGCGCCAUCUACACCAAGGGCAACAACUCCUCCCUCUCCAGACCAAACAAAUUUCAUGGCUCCAAAUCCAAACAAAGGAUUGAAGCGGACUUUUUGUCUCAGGAUGAAGUCAACAUUAACAAAGAGGGGUGUGCAUAUAAGAACAUCUGGAUACAGGGUGGUGUACAUCACAGGACACUUGCGACCAAGGCCUUGUUUUGGAGCUAACAGGAAGGUGUCAUCAAACAUACUGGGCAUGGUUGGAAUGGCUGUUGCACUCCCUCCCCCCACCAUUACAGAACUACGUAUAGAAAGUGACACCUUUAUCAUGAGGCUUAAUCCAGACUUCAGUAUUAUCUACUGUGAUACCUUAAUUUCUGAAUUGAGUGAGUGGUCCUCUGAUGAUGUCAUUGGGAAACCCAUCUAUGACCUCUGCCACCCAGGUGACCUUCAGAAGAUGAGAAGAGCACAUAAAGAUUUAAUAACAAAAGGCCAGGUCUUGUCAGAUUACAUACGACUAAUCAAUAAGAAUGGUGGUUAUGUGUGGUCUCAGAUGUGUGCUAGUACUCUAUAUAGCUCCAAAACAUCAGACGUCCAUACUGUUCUUACCAUCAUCUACAUACUAAGUGGGGUGGAGCAUGGAAAUUGUGUUAUGGACAUAAGUCAACUUCCCACUUCAGUAAAAACAGAACUGGACCAAACAUCUUCAAACAAGGAUCCCAAUAUCACUGGAGACCAACUGCAAGACCAUGGUGAAAAUAAGCAUACUACUAGCCCAGGCAGUGACCAAAUGGAUAUGUAUCCCCCACCAGAAUCACCCGACAAUCCUCCACGAAAGAAGAGACCCUCAAGCAAUGGUUCAGAAAUGGAUGACCUUCAAGAUUCUCCGAGAAUUAACUGUCAGUCUCCCCCAGUUUUUGUCUCCCAUGAUGAUGAAACUUCUCAAUCUUCAAAUUCGGCAUCCCCCUUAAAAAUCAACAGUAACAAAGUGUUGUUCAAAAAUUCCAGAAGAAAGAUGGAAAAACCACGAAAGAGGCACAGAGGGAGUUUAGACAGUGACAAUUUGGUUUUUCCUGAGAGUUACGGGCAAGAAAUAUCAAACAGCAGUGAUAGUUUACAGAGACGUUUAUCUUGUACAAAUUUGCUACAGGACAAUAACAAUGUUUCUCCACCUGUCAAUGGCUACCAUUCUCACUCUGAGUCACCAAAAUGUUUGGAAGACUACAAUGUACCUGCUCCAGAAGAUCUAUCACUACGAUCACUAAAUACAAGACAGGACUCCAUGACAACAAAUACACAGAGAAAAAAUUGUUGGCAUUCACCUGGUGCUGUUGAUCAAAAUGGCAAUCGUAACAUGUCGUCUGUCAAAUUCUUGGAGGACGUUAUGAAUAAACAUUUGCCAAAUCUGUCUCAACUCACCAACCAUGAUAUUAAGCCAUCUUCGGCUAUAAUGAGUGAUAUCAUAACAAGUAAUAUUGUCUCAAAUUCUCAGAACAGACAGCAGUCUCCAAAUCAGUGGGGAGGUUCAGAAACUGAAACACACCCUGCAUCUAGUCUCUUACGAACUCUUCAUGCAAAACGAGAAUCAGUCAUUCGAAGCAGCAGUAAUACCAGAACUUUUCCUAUGGAGAGCUCAGCUAUAAACAUGCUGACUCCUCCCAGUAAUGAUGGAUAUAAGGAACAACUGACUUUGAACAUACCUCAGAUUUCAGUGAGUGCUAAGGGUUCCGUUCUUCCUUCUUAUUCCUCUGCUAGUCACCUGACUGUCUCCACGACAACUGAGAGUUUCAAUAUGACUCCUCCUUCAUCAGUCUCACCCACAGAGAAACUUAUCUCCCCUUUUGGAAUUGAGGGAAACUUUGACCACGGAUCUAGUGCUUGCAGUAGCCUGACCCACGUCACAAGUCCUACCGUGACCUUGAAGUCUCAGACAUUUCCCUUUACUGUGUCCUCCACAGGGACGGACUUUAACUGUGUAAAAACAACUGGCUACAAUAACAUCUCCCCAGCUUACCAUACCAAUGAGUAUCCUCACCUUAGUCAUUCACAGAAUUCAUUCUUGUCCUAUGAUGUGAGGCCAGACACUUGGUACCCUGUUUCCUUUCAGUCCUAAGCAGAGAGUGUUCAUUUGAUGAUAACUGCAAAAGAGUGUUCAGUAUUCAAAAAAUAUAGCAAUAUAAUGUUUUGAAAAAAAUAAUUGUUAAUUAAUGCUUAAAUGUUGUUAUUGUGUUCAUAUGUUGGGGUUGUUAUGUGUCAAAUCACUUGUUAGUUAGUAUACACUUCUACAUUAUAAAA